GGGGGGCAGAGCGCGUGGGGCCGUGUGCAAACCGCGUGUGGCGCAGCCAGAAGGGAGCCGGGAGCGGGCGCGUAGAGCCGGAGCCAGCGCGGCCUACUGUCGUCCGGGCGGGCACUGCCGCGGCGGGGUGAGCCUCCGCAGCGGGAGGCCGGCGGAGCGGCGGCCGGGCCCGGCCCCACGUGGCCGCCCACGUGUGAGGCGCGGCCGGGGACCCGGAGGGUCGAGGUGUUGCAACUAUUUGUCUCCGACCGCAGGCAAGUAAUCUGCAGCCAUGAGCAGCAACGAAUGCUUCAAGUGUGGACGUACUGGCCACUGGGCUCGGGAGUGCCCUACUGGAAUUGGCCGUGGUCGUGGGAUGAGAAGCCGUGGCAGAGCAGGCUUCCAGUUCAUGUCUUCAUCUCUCCCGGACAUCUGUUACCGCUGUGGUGAGUCUGGCCAUCUUGCCAAGGACUGUGAUCUUCAGGAGGAUGAAGCCUGCUAUAACUGCGGUAGAGGUGGCCAUAUUGCGAAGGACUGCAAGGAGCCGAAGAGGGAGAGAGAGCAGUGCUGCUACAACUGUGGCAAACCUGGGCACCUGGCUCGCGACUGUGACCACGCAGAUGAGCAGAAGUGCUAUUCUUGUGGAGAGUUUGGACACAUUCAAAAAGACUGCACCAAAGUGAAAUGCUAUAGGUGUGGUGAAACUGGCCACGUAGCCAUCAACUGCAGCAAGACCAGUGAAGUCAACUGCUAUCGCUGCGGCGAGUCAGGGCACCUUGCACGGGAAUGCACAAUUGAAGCUACAGCCUAAUUAUUUUCCUUUGUCGCCCCUCCUUUUUCUGAUUGAUGGUUGUAUUAUUUUUCUCUGAAUCCUCUUCACUGGCCAAAGGUUGGCAGAUAGAGGCUACUCCCAGGCCAGUGAGCUUUACUUGCCGUGUAAAAGGAGGAAAGGGGUGGAAAAAUCAACUUUCUGCAUUUAACUACAAAAAUGUUUAUGUUUAGUUUGGUAGAGGUGUUAUGUAUAAUGCUUUGUUAAAGAACCCCCUUUCCGUGCCACUGGUGAAUAGGGAUUGAUGAGUGGGAAGAGUUGAGUCAGACCAGUAAACCCUCUCUGGGUUACAUGGAAGUGAUCCUAUGCAGGAGGAAAGAAAUUACGGAAGUGUCUAAACUUCCUCAUAACUUUAAUUUUAUUACAAUGGCCUUGGAUUGUCUGACCUCAGUAGCUGUUAACACCAAGUAAUAUCUGUAUCGGGCCCUACCUAGAGCAUAUAGCUGAGUGGGAGUAAACAAACAAAGAUGCACAUGCCUGUUAAUGGCCAUGAGAGAGAGAGAGAGAAAUCAGGAAUAAACUUAAAAGUAACAGUAAUUCAGUCAAUGAAUGUUCAUGUUGGAGAUACAGAACGUAAUGGGAAGCUUUUGAAUAAAUAUUUCAAAGUCAAUCUGAAACCCAGACAUCAGUGCUCAUAGCAUAUACAAUUUGGAGCUAUUCAGGAGUUGCAAAUAAAUGCAUUUUCACAGAAAUCAAGAUGUUAUUUUUGUAUACUAUAUCACUUAGACAACUGAGUUUCAUUUGCUUGUAAUCAGUUUUUAAAGUAAGAUGGUAAAAGCAAUUGAAGUCCUAGAACAUAGAAAAUGUAAUUUUAAAACUAUCAAUAAAGCUGGAGGAGGAAGGGGA